CUGUUUGAUAUCUUCUUUCUAGGCUAUGGAAACUGGAACUCAGGCGCAAAUAGAGGUUACGAGGACUAUAGUUAUGGAUAUGGAUACGGUCAGGAUAACUCUGGCAAUUAUGGGUAUGGUAUGGCCACUUCAAACUCUUGGGAAAUGCCUAAUUCAGAUACAGACAUGAACUUUAACGCAUCCACUGGCACCAGUGCUGAUGAUGUAAUGUCAAAAUUUAACCACCGCUUAGAUAUGGUAUCUCAUCUAGAAACUGACACGAUGCAAGGAGGACAUUAUGGCUCAGGUGGAGACAGGUAUGAUACAUAUGAGUCCUACGACUCAAGGUCUUCACUGAACGACCGUGAUCUGUACAGAUCCGGCUAUGAUUACAGUGAGGCUGAACAUGACACCGACAAUGCCUAUGAAGGCCACUAUGACAACUCCUAUGGGAGCCGCAGGGACCAGUACCACAACAGAGCACGUGACAACUUUGGCCACCGGGGUCAAAACUGGGCCAGAGACGGGCGAAAUAACAGACCCAUGGCAUCUGCAUAUUCUGGGCGCAUGGGCGGACAAUGGAAUGACCCGCCAAUGCCAAUGGGAGGACGGGGCCAUGGCCCCAAUAGGCCCCCAUCCCUUUUCUCCCAUAAACUAUUUCCUGAUUACAACAUGUUCCAGGGAAUGCGAGGUUUCUCUGGCAACAUGCGCUUUGGAGGCGGCGGCAUGAAACAACGAAUGAGGAGAAACUGGAAAAUGUGGGACGCAGAUUUUAAAAAAAAAAGAAUAAAGAAUGAACCAACUGCUAAUAAGAGGAAACAGACUAACAGUUCUGAUGAGCCUGACAGUAAGACAGCAAAAACUGAUGGCUCUGACAAUUCAGACUCUGAUAAUGAAGAAGGUCCUGAAGGAGAAGCUGCUGAGAAGGGUUCUAAAAACGAAGGAGAAGUGGAAGGUGGUGAUGAUGAAGAAAGAAAAGGAGACUCUGAGAAAGGAGCUCUGACAAUUCAAGAAGAGAUCAGUCAAAUUAAGCGGAAAUUGCAAGCUGGUAAGAAAACACAGGAGAGGCAAAAAAAAAGAUACCGUGAUCGGAUGGUGGAAAGGAUUCAGUUUGUAUGUUCAUUGUGCAAAUAUCGCACUUUCUAUGAGGAUGAGAUGACCAAUCAUUUGGAGAGCAAAUUUCACAAGGAGCACUUUACAUUUGUUGGAACUAAACUGCCCCAGCAGACAGCUGAUUUCCUUCAGGAAUAUGUUGCUAACAAAACAAAAAAGACAGAAGAACGUCGUAAAGCAAUUGAAGAUAUUAAUGCAGUUAUACAACAAAUCUACAAAGACCAAGAUCUUACCCAAGACAUAGGUAUGGAGCAUUUUGUUAAAAAGGUGGAGGCUGCUCACUGUGUUGCCUGUGACCUCUUCAUCCCUAUGCAGUAUGGAAUAAUCCAGAAACAUCUGAAGUCACUUGAUCACAACCACAACCGCAGAGCCAUGAUGGAACAGUCGAAGAAAUCAUCACUAGUAGUUGCAAGAAGCAUUCUUAAUAAUAAACUUAUCAGCAAGAAAUUGGAGAGGUAUCUGAAGGGUGAGAAUCCUUUCACAGAUGAUCCUGAAGAGAAAGAGGAACAUGAAGAAAGUGAGGCAGGAACAAGUGGAAACAUGGAGGAAGGAGCAGGUGAAGGAAACAAAACUGAAGAAAUAAUUAAAAGUGAAGACAAUGUGGCUGAGGAAAACCCAGUUGAAGAAGAUAAUGCAGAAAACAAAGGUGAUGAAGGGGGAGAAGAACCACCAGGGCAGCUAGAAGAGUGGAACUUGAAAAUGUCCCAGGAAGCCCUUGCUACUGAGCAGGAACAAGAACAUGAAGAUGAAGAAGAUGAAGACGACGAAGAUGAAGAAAGAAGAGGAACUGUACCUUCAGAGGAAAUGGAACUACCUGAUGAGUGAACUUUCAAAUAAGGUUGACACAUUUUGAGACUGCAUUCAAACUUUUAAAACCAUAACUGUAUUUGUGACACUAUAUGGCACGCAGCUUUUGAUUCUCAUUGACUACACUUCACCUAGUUACAGCACUUAAAAACCUUUAUCUGUAAAGUGUUUUUGGAAAUAGCUUUUUUUAACCAAAUCUUCAUUGUAUUAGCUAGGUUUUGUGCAGUACGAUUUUUAAGUGGCUUUGUACUAGGAAACUACCUUUCUUUUUUCUUUCUUUUUUGGAGUAAAUACUUAAACCCAAACUUUGUUAAUCAGCUUGUACUAUGCUACAACUGGGGGUGGGUGGGGGUAAAUGUCCUCAAAUGUUCUUCCCUUUUAAUUUUGUAUAUAGUUGAAAAUGUUUUUGUUCCCUAGCUAGCCUUGUCUGGAAAUGUCAGCAGCAGAAUUUUGGGUUCUAAAUUCUGCAGAAUUGGAGUAACUUCCAUGCAACUGUAGCAUUCUUUUAUCUUUUUACUUUUCAUAAACAAAGGUAAUACUUGGGGUCAGCACAAUAGUUUUGCAGUGCUUUUAUUUAAGAAUGAUUGCUUCCAGUUGUUGGAGAUAAAACACUAUAUUAGGACUUACCUCUGUGUGUGGUUUUCUGGAAGAAGCAGUAAAAUGAUUGAUGGUCAGAGAACCCGAAAGAGGGAUAAAUAUUAUUUGCCCCUUCUUAAAAAGCAACUCAGCAUUGCUCCAGUUGGGGUUUCUCCUGAUGUUGCUUAAGGGAUGUCAUUGACCCUGCUUGCCUUAGAUUGCUGUUCUGUAAAGAAAAGGCUAUAGGAGCUCAUAUGAAAUCUACAGAUGAAGGUGUUUCAGAAAUUACAUUAAAUAUUCCCUUCAAUGCAGCUCUUGGCAGUUGUCUUAUUCUAAAUCCUGCUUUAAUUUACUUUAGGGAAUCCAAACAAAGCUCCUCAAACAGUAAUGUUGUAUUUUAGCUCUACCCUCCCAAAAAGUGCUCACAAAACAUUUGUGGUAAAUUGCUACCAGUGUUCCUCACUUUCCAUUUAUUACCCUGUAUGUAUAUAUGUACAUGCACUAUUCUUACAGUGGUAAUCAACCAAUGGACCUGGAAAAAAUUCAUGAACAUACUUCUGAAUAUGCAUUAGGUGAGACAAGAGAAGCGUGAGUGAAAGAAUAACUACAAACCAGGCUUUGAAGGUUUUGCUGCCCUAGCUCCUGUAGCACCUAGUAUCUCAUGAAAAAAUAUUGAAAGAACAUGGGAAAAGACAGUGUAUUGAAUCAACAGAAAUAGAAACAUUGAAGGAGGUUUCAGAAUAUAGCUUACCCUGAAAAUUUUGUAAUGGUACAAGUGUUCUUAGUGUUAUACAGAAAGUUGUAGAUGCAACUGAUACUUUUUAUGAAUGUGAAGGAGGGGACAAAAAAUCCUAUAGUUAAACCAUAGUUAUGUAUCUUCAAAAGUUUUAGCUGUGGGAAAGAAGAAAAAAAAUCUAGAAUAGCUGCUAGACAUUAGAGAAAGGUACAUUGUCAGUAAUUGCCACAGUUCGUAUAAUGACAGGUUGCUAGUACUUGAAUUGUCAGUGCUGCCUUAUUCCAACCGUCUUAUGUCCGUGUCUGAAAAGAUACAAGCAUAUGCUAGUAGUAUAAAUGUGGAUAGCAAAAAAAUGCCAACAUACCUUACAUCAGUUUGUGUAGUGCCUACCAAACUCCUAGCAAGUGGUGUUCUUCAUAAAGCCUAAAUAUGUUCCUCAACAAAAUAUUUAGUAGCGUACUACGUAUCCCCCCUUCAUUAUUGUACUACAUUGUUAGCAUGCUUGCUUGGGAAUAAGUCACACUGAGCUCAGUAGAACUUACUUCUGAGUAAGCCUGCUUAUGAUUGCAGCCUCAGCAUGAAGCUAUACGCUAUGAGGUUUCCAAAUCCAUAUUUGUCUCAUUACUGUAGAAUAGCUGGAGACAUUUUGCAAGUAGCAACUGGCACUUGUGAGGGAUAUUUAAUACUUCUCUCAAUUGCUGCUUCCCUCCUAUAGUUCCUCCCCAGACCUGUUUCCUCCCCCUCCAAAUGACAGGCCAGCUGUGGGGAAAUCAGCCUUGGGGAAGAAUUAGUGAAUGAGGGAAAGAUUCUUAUCUGUAAUGCCUUUUGCUCCUACAAUUACAUUACCACAGUGCAAACAGGUUUGGGUAUGUAUGCUUAUUAGGGUUAAAUAGUUCCUCCUAAGACCUUUCUGGAAGCUUAAUCCGGUACAAGAUCAAUUGAAGUGCCACUGAGACCCAUGGGAGUUCCUUUCUAGUUAACAGAGGCAAAAGAUUGUGGUGACCUUAUUUCCACUUAGAAUUAACACUCAAUUCAUGAAGCUUCUGAAUAAAUAAUGUGCAGCCAGGCUCCUAAUUUUUGUAUAAGAAAUGGAUUGAGCCCUUCUUCAUGUACUAAGAGCUACAUUAACCAUCCACAAUUGUUACUUUGCGGUGUUGAGCAACUGAAUUAUUGUUAUUUGGGCUUUUGAAACGAUAACCCAGAAUUUUACAAGUACUUAACUGACAUCUCUAUUUUUGGGCCUUUUAUUCUUCCAGCUGUGAACUUCUUUAGUUGCCUUAGAGCCUGAUUGCUCUAAAAAUAAUGGAAUUACAAUGUAUAGUAAUUCAAAGCAAUAAGCACCAUCCUUUGUCACAGUUUCUAGCUUAUUCUGUCCUCCAGAAUUGCAGUUUCUAUAUCUGUGGAGUUUAAGUAGAUCUCCAGGUCCAGAUUCUAAAUGUUUCUGUACAUAGCUGAAAAAAUAGUGUUUGGAUUUUUCUGACAUGUGUCAAGAAAAGCUUUGAGUAAAAAAAUCUCCCUUCUAUGCACUUCUUAAACGCAUAUGACAAUUUAUAUCAACACAUACUGAGUCUAAAUGACAGCUGUCAAUGGAAUGAGGGUUAUAUACAGUAAGAAAUAGAUUUUUAAAAGUGUGGCUUAAGGCCAAAAUCAUUGUGCUUAACCUUUCUGCUUUUCUCCAACCUUUUCUGAGUAGCUGAUAGCUUUGGAGGAAAGGGGUUAAACGUUCUUCCAGAGCUUCAUUUGUCAGUUUCCAAGUAGCUGAUAAUAAGUAAUAAAGGGAGAUUUUAAUCAUCAAUCUCCCCCAUUUAAGGUUGACUUCUGUUAAAUAUUUUUGUAGUAUUAAUUGGGGUGCAGGACAUCUGUAGCAGGGCAAGAAAGACAGUAGAGGUCCAGGACAAGAGAAAUUUCUGUUGAUAUUAUUUUGUGGCUAGAAGGGAUAUCCUAGGGAGGUGAAGGCAGAGGGAAAUCAUGGCACCAGUAUUUUUCCUGCAGCUAUAUCCUUUUAUCCAGAAUGGACCUUCAUGGGACAGAAGAUCUGAGGAACAGGUUUUGUACCUACUGUGGAAUGAUCUUUUAUUAAAUAUGAUCCCCUAUUUAUAUACUUCUUACUACACAUUAUUCUCCUGUUGAACACAGAUAUUAUUGUUCAUUGUUAGAAGGAAAAUGGAGGAAGGUUGAUCUGUCCUUUCAGGAAAUCUAGCUUGGGAACUAAAUUUCAAGGGUGGGGAGACCAUGGGUUAAGAAGUAUGCUAAGUAUCCCAUUUCUCUGUAGGAGAUAAGUGUCAUUUCCCUGCCAGUAACUUUCACCAAUCUUUACUGUCAUGAUAGCCAAAUAUUUCUGACUCUGGAAGAGAUUCACAGCAGGAAACAUUUCAACAUAAAUGUUUUUGUCAAAAAAAAAAAAAAAACCUACCUGGUGCAAUUCUCCUUUCUAUGCCACUCUUAAAACACAGGAGCUGUCUUUGAGUCUGGGCCUGCCCCUCCUUUCAGUUUCUCCUCUUCAGUGUUGCCCAUAAUAUAUAUACAAACCUCUGUUUCAUACUCUUCAAAUAUUGUACAAAUUAGCCUCCUGCUUGAAUGUCAUUAACUGUCUUGCUGUACCAAAUGUUCAUUUUGUACAUCAUUUGUUUUAAAAAUCGUUAUACUCUGUCAUGAAUUAUAGUGUUCUGUCUAUAUAAAACUAGUCUAAAUCAA